CCCGACCCGGUUAAUUAAGUUUCUGAGCUUCCUCAUUUCAUUUGGGUCCAUAAACCCUAAACCCCCAAAAGGUAAAUUAACUUCACAACAGUGAUAGCUUCUUCAAAACUUAUCAAAAAGAUUCCACAAGGGGUUUCAAAGAUGCCCUUUUUAUCAAAUUGUUUUUUCUUGAACCGGAGUGCAGUUAAAAGACAUUUGUUUUGGGCAAGAAAGCUAUCAAUUUCAAUAUGUAAAUCUCAGUCAGCCUCUGCUAACUCUAUUACAUCAAGCUCAGUUAAGUUCUUCUGGACAUGUCCAAUCUUCUUGAUGCUGAGCACUCCCAGAAUCAGAUAUCAUGUAGCAUCAUUAUCAGUGCAGGCAUCUCCUCUGGAGAAGGAAGAUGUGGACGAGGUCUUGAGUCAAAUUCUUUCUGCUAUAGAGAUCACACCUAGCUCUAGUAAAGAAAUCUGUACAUUUCACAUCGAGAAACUCUGCAAGGCCAAAAAACUUCAGCAUGCUUCCAAGUUACAACAGUCCCUGCACAAUAAUCACAUAUUCCUCAGUCCUCGUGCAUAUGAUCUUCUUUUGGAAGCCGCAGGUGAAGUGAAUGACGUUGAUCUUCUGCUACAAGUUUUUAAGGAUGCACUGUUCUCAGGCGAAUCUAUGAAUCCAACUUCUUUUCGUAACUUCGCCAGAGGUUUAUCGAAGAUGACUGAUUCUGUAUUACUACUGAGAUUUGUCCAAGAAUUAUCAGAGCUGACCUUUCCUAGGAGCGUUACAGUUGUAAACAGGGUCAUCUUUGCCUUCGCUGCAUGUGGACAGGUUGAUAAGGCCUUGGUAGUAUUUGAUCAUAUGAAGACACUAAAAUGUAAACCAGAUCUUGUCACUUAUAAUACUGUAUUGGGGAUUUUGGGCCACAUCAGGAGGAUAGAUGAUAUGCUUCAAGAGUUCGGCUCCAUGAAAGAGGUAAAAAUUGUCCCAGAUAUCAUUACUUAUAACACAUUAUUAAACAAUCUACAGAAAGUUGGGAGAUUAGACCUCUGUUUAGAGUUGUUAAAAGAGAUGAGUGGAAAAGGAAUCCAAGCUGAUUUGCGAACUUACACUGCUAUGAUUGAGGGCUUCGGUCGAUCAGGAAAGAUUGAGGAAUCCCUAAGGCUCUUUGAUGAGAUGAAGUUUAAGCAAAUCUGUCCAUCUAUAUACAUAUAUCGUUCACUUGUCGACAAUUUGAAGAAAAUGGGGAAGUUGGAGCUGUCAGUUACUCUUGCUGGAGAGAUGAAUGCAAGUCUUCCUGGGCUUGUCAGUUCGAAGGACUUCAAAAGGAAAGAUUGAUAGUUUAGCACUUGAAACUAUAAGGUGGGACAAGGCACAAGGGAGUUUAGACUUGUGAUGGCUACUGUCAGGUCUCAUGGACGCAUAGUUGGCUACUUGCUAGGAGUUAUAAGCAUGACUGGCUUAUCUUGAUACCACAUGUGGUCGUAGAGAUCAUCGUAAAUAUCUAUAACCUAUUGCUUUGUGAGGAAGGACAUGACGCCAGAGCUAUCCAAUGAAGGACAAUGGAGUGCCUCUAUGGGCUGUCACUGUGAGCUACGCCAGAGUUAUAUAGAUCUAACGCUGUUUAAUGAUUCUUCUUCACAUUUUCACUGCUUCAGUUGUAAUUUUUUAAGCUCUUGCAGAGUUGCAGUUUGUGGUCACCUGUUGACUUGUUGGAAGAAUAGAUUGUCGGUUACCCCAAUUUGAUUAAUAAUUCAAAUGUAUGCUGAUUUGUAUUUGACAUUUUAUAUACUUCUCAUAAGAAUUUUUUUAUUUUUA